AUUACGUAAUUCCCAAAGUGAACUUGCUGCUCAGCGUCGAAGGGGAUCAUUUGUUUGCAAUCCGUUUGCAUUCUCCUCAGCACUCUCCGAUCGAUGGACCUAUCGGAACUGCAAGAUGCGUUGGCAUCAAAAUCCUUUCAAAGAAUCGGAGAGAUCUGCGAUGAGCUCAUGCUUCAGGUUGCCUCGAAGGGGACAUCCUUCCAAGAAGAUUGGCCAUAUUCGAUCCAUCUGCUAGGUCAUAUAUACGUAAACGAUCUGAACAGCGCUAGAUUUCUUUGGAAGUCCAUUCCCAGUAGGAUAAAAGAGAGCCGAGCAGAAAUUGUGGCAGCUUGGAAGAUUGGACAGUGUCUUUGGAACAGAGAAUAUGCCGGGGUUUAUGCUGCCAUUCGUGGGUUUGAUUGGAGUCCUGAAGCACUGGGCCUUGUUACCGCCUUUCGAGAGAGCUAUACCAAGAGAAAUUUUCAGCUGUUAGUUUCUGCUUACUCAACCAUCAGUGUUACUGACACUGCUCAAUUUCUGGGAAUGAACGGGGAUGAUGCCAUCAGCUAUGCGCUUCAACAUGGCUGGACUUUGGAUUCUGCUUCGAAAAUGCUGGCUGUCAGGAAGCCAAAGAUCACCACAGAACAAAAAUUGGAUUCCACCAAAUUACAGCGUUUAACCGAAUAUGUAUUCCAUCUGGAACAUUGAUUUCUUCGUUUUUGGAGAUUUACAGCUGAAAAUCCUUAAAGCAUGCGGCUUUGCUUCAGCUUUUGAAUUAAUUGGAGGAUUCUCGAACAUUUGUUUCUUGCAGAUGCUGAAGAAAAUUUUGUUGAGGAUAUAUCUGCAAAAUUUCAUCAUGAGGGGUUUCAAAAUCCUCAAAAUAAAUUCAUAGCAUACAUUUCUUAAAUAUUUAUAUAUCU